UCCAAAUGGAGGAGUGAGUAUUCCGAAACUCUCAUUUUAGAGAGUCAAAAAUGGAGUCCGAGCUCUACGAAGCCGCCAUGAAAGGAAAUGUGUCUUCUUUACUUGAGUUGCUCAGAAAAGAUAAGCUACUUCUUGAUCGAGUCAUGACCGGGAAUCACACCGAGACUCCUUUGCACAUCGCAGCCAUGCUCGGACACUUGGACUUCGUGGAAGAGGUUUUAGCUCGAAAGGCCGAGCUGGCAAGAGAGCAAGAUUCUCAAAGUUUGACGCCUCUUCAUCUCGCAGCAGCAAAAGGGCACCUUAACAUAGUGGCAAGCUUGUUAAGAGUCAGCCCUGAGAUAUGUUUCGUCCGUGACAAAUACAAAAGAAACCCUCUUCACAUCGCAGCCGUGAGAGGGCAUGUGGAUGUGCUGGAAUGUUUGGUUCAAGUGAGACCUGAUGCAGCCCAUAGUGUCGUUGAACAUGGCCAGACGAUCCUCCAUUUAUGUGUGAAGCACAACAGACUGGAAGCUUUGAAGUUGUUAACAAAUCUCUUGGGCAAUGAUCAGUUCAUCAACUCGAGGGACGAAGAUGGCAACACAAUUUUGCAUUUAGCUGCCAUAGAUAGACAAACUGAGACUACAAUGUUCCUGAUUAAUAAAGGAGUAAAUCCAAACAUUACGAACUUUAGAGGUUUGACAGCACUCGACCUAUUAGAACAAGGUGAAAGCACACGAAGAGCAUCAGAGAUUAAGGAUUCUAUUCAUCAAAUUUCAGAGAAUCUAGACCCACCCGAACAGAAAGUCAGUGCCAAUGACACAGUCACCGUUUUCCAUCCACCUAUAGGAGAAGAGGAUGAAAGGGAGAGAAAGAGAAAAUGGCAAGACAGCAUGCAUGAGACACUAAUGGUGGUGGCGACAUUGCUAGCUACCAUGGCAUUUCAACUCGGUAAUACUCCACCUGGCGGCAUUUGGCAAGAUGAUUUCCCGGGUGAUGGAAAGAACGCAGCACAUACUGCAGGUGAAUCUAUAAUGGCAAAUAAGUACUUUGAUCAAUACAAGUAUUUUGUAACAUGUAACACGAUAAGUUUUAUAGCGUCACUUAGCGUCAUUAUGCUUCUCAUAAGUGGUCUUCCUCUAAAGCGGCACCCGAUCCUCACAUGGAUUGCAAUGCUAGCCAUGUGGGUUGCAAUAACCUUCACGGCGACAACUUAUGCCAUCUCCAUAAUUAAGUUCACACCAGAGAGCAAACUGAUUUCUAUGAAUGGAACAGUUGGGUGGGCGGUGCUGGCAUGGGCUGCAUUGAUGAUUCUUAUCUUUCUGUGCCACGUUGCUCGCUUAAUCCUGAAGUUGGUACGCAAAGUCCAGAAACUCGUCCUCAAAGCUUGGAAAAAACGGAAGCCGGAGGAUCUUAUAGCUUAGUAGUUGCAGUUGUAUAUGCUGCAAAUGUAUUUAUCCAAGAAGAAGUGCCCUGAGACCGAAGGUCAUGCAGGAGGAGAUGCCAUACAAUAUGUAUUGUUCAGUAUGCAGAUUAGACAACUUAGGUACGACACAUUUGAGUAUGCAUGCGUGUAAGUGCUUGUGAAAAUAAUAAAUGUUUUAGCGUGUUGAAUCAAUGUGAAAUAUGGUGUUUAGAUGUA